AUGGUAUUUAAUGGUGCGAGUCUGCCACGAUGGAGUUUUCUAUUGGUCAUCCUUGUGUGGUGGACAGGUCAAAGUGUAACAGCGUCCGAGGUGGGUCAUGCCUGUAAAAAUCCUAUAGGAGAAUCGGGCAAGUGCAUCUACUUCCAGGAUUGCCAACCACUCGUCAACUUGUACAAUGAUCCCUUUCAAACGCCAGAAGAUACCGAAUUCCUCACCCAAAGCCGGUGUGGUGUACAUCGCCGGAAAAUAUUGGUAUGUUGUGCGGUGUCAAAUUUAGGUCAGAGAUCUUCGCUACCAGAACCUCCGAACUGCGGAAUACAAAUGUCCGAUCGAGUAUUUGGUGGUCAUGAUACAAAGAUUAAUGAGUUUCCGUGGACGGCGUUAAUACAGUUUCAGAAGCCGGGCGGAAGCUUUGGUUUCCACUGUGGAGGAUCACUUAUCAAUGAGCGGUAUGUUGUUACUGCUGCCCACUGCAUCAAAUCGAUUCCUCGCAGUUGGAAGGUCCACCGUGUACGCCUUGGUGAGUGGGAUUUGUCGAUGGCCAAUGAUUGUCAGGACGACUUCUGCUCCAACGCACCGAUCGACCUAGACGUUGAGAAGAUUGUUGUUCACAGCAACUAUGAUCCGUACAAUGGUAGCUUCGAAAACGAUAUCGCGCUGCUUCGUUUGACCCGGCCGGUUGACUACUCUGAAACAGUACGACCUAUUUGUCUACCGUUGAGCGCAUCUCUUCACAACCUCAAUCAUGUCGGACAGCCGAGUUAUACUGUCGGUUGGGGUAAAACAGAAACUGACACGGAGAACGAGGUGAAGCUGAUGGUCGAGUUGAACAUCACAAACCUGCAAGAGUGUGCACGAAUUUAUCAGGAGCAAGGAGUUACGCUUAAAACCACGCAAAUGUGUGCCGGUGGUGUGCGUGGCAAGGACUCAUGUAGCGGUGAUUCGGGCGGUCCUCUGAUGCGUCAGAUUGCUGGUGCAUGGUAUCUGAUCGGCGUGGUCAGUUUUGGACCAAAUAAAUGCGGCACAGCUGGUAUACCAGGUGUAUACACUAAUGUUGCUGAGUAUGUUGAUUGGAUACAGGACAAUAUCUACUAG